GAAGGCCACCUGCAGGGGGGCGGUCGAUGACUGUGGUGGCAAAAGAAGGCUGGUACAUCGAUCUUCCCAAUGCCGUAGAUCGGAUCGGAUCGUACAGGUAUGGCUCAGCCACAGUACUCAAUCCAACACCCAGCGCCAUAUCCACUUGCUCUCUGCCAUGUCCUCCGAUUCCGACCCCCUAAACUCCUCCUCCUGCUUCUGAGUCCAGACCAUACACCCAUUCUCCAAAAACGGCAAACGGUUCCGAGCCGCACCGAUACCCUACAGCCUCUCCGCUCGUGCUCGGAUUGCAAAGUCCAUGGCACAACACAUUCGUUCCUCGGACUGCGGGCAUACUGUCGGCCGAGCAAGGCGGGCCAAGCUACGACCGUGAUGGUUUCUGCGACGGCCGACUCACGACAAGUGCUACGGGAGAGACAUCACCAGCGGGACAGAGACCUUUGCCCAGAUUGGAGACGAUGUGGGCGCAACAGAUUGCUUGUUCGGGAGACAGUCACCCGGCUACAGCCCACCAUCUUCGAACAUGUUCAAGAAGGCGCGAACUGCCGCAUGGCGAUAUUCACAGUGCUUUGCCGUCGCGUCUGCGCAUUGGGGCCGGCGUGGAGAUCCGUAUUAACCUCCCCGGCUAGUCACUGCGCUGUAAAGCAGAGAUCAAGACCGAGCUAUUUACCGUGCCAAUUCACAUCCGCCAACUCUGAUCGAGAAAGACGAAGCGCGCAGUAUCUCGCGAAAUCUGCAAUUGGAGUAGCAAACGAUUGAGCCGGCAUUAGCGCAGCUGCAGAUUAGGUGGUACGAAGAAGAAGGGCAAGCUAAUGAUGGCAUCAAGGCAGCGGGCCUGCACGACGGGUUUGUUGAGGAAGCGCUGACGAUUCCGGCGUUGAGCAUUUUGUUGGGCGCGAUACUUGUGGUUUUUGAUGGUGAUGGCCCGCUAGAAUCGAAGUCGCUGCACGUUGCGAGCGAAACUACGGACAAUAGGAAGAUGUCUCAUCCCAAGAAUGUGUCUGAUGCGAAGCCACUACGGCUGCUCGGUCGCAUGCUCAAGAAAUCACGUAGGUUUGUGAGCGUCUAUCGUAGUCAGGUGACGAU